CAAAGGUCUGACCUCCACACAAGUUGCUUGGGAUCGCCAGGGAUUAACUGAAAAUGGCCAAGCGAUUCAUUAUAUUGCUCUUCAUUGCCGCCUGGCUGAGCGGAAGUGCCAGCGGACAGAGAGACCAUCCCCGCGGACGCUCCUUCGAUGCCGAAUCGCAUCCCGUCAAGCAUCCGGAAGAGCAGCAGACCCAGUACUGGGUGGCCAAGGCACAGGAGAAGUUGCUGUCCAAGCUGGCCGAAGCAGAGACACAGUCCGCCAACACAAACAAGGCCAAGAACGUGAUCAUGUUCCUGGGCGACGGCAUGUCCGUGCACACGGUGACGGCCACCAGGAAUCUGCUGGGCGACAGUGCGGAGCAGGUGUACUUCGAGGGAUUCCCCUACACGGGUCUGUCCAAGACGUACUGUGUGAACCGCCAGGUGGCCGACUCCGCCUGCACGGCCACCGCCUAUUUGGGCGGCGUGAAGGGCAACUACGGCACCAUCGGCGUGAAUGGCCAGGUGCCCAGGUACAGCUGUGACGGCGAUGCCAAGGAGGAGAACCAGGUGCUCAGCAUCGCCCAGUGGGCACAGGCGGCCGGCAAGGAUGCCGGACUGGUGACCACCGCCCGCGUGACCCAUGCCUCGCCAGCCGGCGUCUAUGCCCACACCGCUGAUCGCAACUGGGAGAACGACUGGGAGGUGGCCAACAGGGGCUGUGAUCCCGCCCAGACCAUCGACAUUGCCCGCCAGCUGGUGGAGCAGCCGGUGGGUCAGCGGCUCAAGGUGAUCCUCGGUGGCGGGCGCCAGAACUUCAUCAACACCACGGUGAACGAUGAGGAGGGUCUUCCUGGCCUGCGCACCGAUGGUCGCCACUUGAUCCGCCAGUGGUUGGAUCAGAAGAGGGCGACCAAUGUGUCGGCCAACUAUGUUUGGAGUCGCAAGGGCCUCAGUCUGGUGGAUCUGGAGCAUACGGACUAUCUGCUGGGUCUCUUUGCCAACUCCCAUUUGCCGUACAACGGAGAUCGGGAACGGAAGCGCUCUCAACUGGCGGAUCCUUCGCUGAGUGAGCUCACUGAGGCGGCCAUUAAGGUGCUGAGUCGCAAUCAGGAGGGAUUCUUCCUGUUUGUCGAGGGAGCUCGCAUCGAUAUGGCCCACCACGAUACCUACGCCAGGAGAUCGCUCGAGGACACCGCUGAGUUUGCCCGGGCCGUGCAGAAGGCUCGCGAGAUGACCUCCGAGGAUGACACUCUCAUCGUGGUCACCGCCGAUCAUGCUCAUGUCAUGUCCAUCAAUGGCUAUCCCUUCCGUGACCAGGAGAUUACUGGCUUGGCCCAGCUGGCCGAUGACAACCUGCCCUAUACGAUUCUGUCCUACGCCAAUGGACCGGGCUACUACUCUGGCUACAAUCGUGCCGAGGGACGGGCUCUGCUCAAGGAGAAAACGGUGGCGGAUGCGGACUUUCGGUACCCCACGUUGGCGCCCCUGGACGCGGAAACCCAUGGAGGCGACGAUGUGGCCGUGUAUGCCUCGGGACCCUAUGCCCAGUACUUCAGCGGGAACUACGAGCAGAGCAACAUUCCGGCUUUGAUGGCCCGGGCGGCUGGCAUCGGUCCGUAUGCCUAGGAUCAGUCAGCUAACUUUUCUUACGUUAUGCACACACAUUGUAACAUACUCUAUGUAUAUCACCGCCUGGCUGAGAUAACCCAAUUAAAAUGCAUCACGGCUAACGGGGCAAA